AGGAGACAGACAGUGACAGAGACCAUGUCCGAGGUUGUGGCCAUGGACGUGGAGAGCAGCGGCAAGGCCAAGGCCAAGGCCAAGAGCAAGGACAAGGCCAAGAGCAAGGACAAGAGCAAGGGCAAGGGGAAGGAGAAGAAGAGCAAGAAGAUGGCUGACAACAAGAAAAAGCCCUCGUCGAGGAAGCGGGCCAGGGAGGAGGCAUCGCCCGCAGCUGGCCAGGCUGCAGGGUCAUCGUCAGCGGGCGAGCCAUCGGCCGCCAAGAAGGCAAAGACUAUCAUGAUGGAAGGUGAUCUCUCCCAUGCUAUGCUGGCUGCCCAGAAUGCUCGUGGCUUGGUUGUCUUUAAGGUCCCUCGUGGAACGCCGGUGGCCGACGUCACCUCGUCGCUGGCUGUCCGUCUUGCUGCUGAUGACAAUGAUGAUGAUGACGGUGCUGCCCGUCUGGUCGAGGUCGAGGCCAAGGGCGGGAGCCUGGUGUGGGAGGAGGCUCCUGCACAGGAUGUCGAGGCUAUGCGCGUGCUUCUUCCAGAGCGCGCCCGCAUGGAUCAGCCCGUCAUGACCAACAAGGUCGUGCAGAUGUUCUCGGCUCGCCGCGAGCACGACAUCCCAGCUCUGCCGCUGGCGUCGGGCUCUAACGACGCCGCCGCCCCAGGCGCCGCUGAUCUGCUUGCCGCAGCCAUGAAGUUCCCCAAGAAGAAGCAGCUCGAAGGCCUCGGCCUCUGCUUUGUUCCGCUCGGCGCAAAGGCCGCCAAUCUCGGCAAGGCUGCCAACAAGUCGGCCGCGCUGCCUGCCACCCCGCAGGCGUCCAAGGCCAAGGCCAAGGACAAGGACAAGACCAAGGACAAGGCCAAGGCCAAGGACAAGACCAAGAAGAAGGACAAGGACAAGAAGAAGAAGAAGUCUAAGAAGAAGUAAAACCCUCCUCCCCAUCA